AUGAGGUUUAUGUUUCUCCUUGUUGUGGCGGCAUCCUUCUUUCCAGACUAUCAGUCGUUUCCGGUGGGCAAAGAGGGAGGGAGAGAGGAUCUGCUUGCACAGUGUUUGGUACAGGUUCUCUCCAAGGCACUAUCCAAACCAGACGCCACACUGCUUCAUCCUGAAUGCAAAGAGAUUCUUAAAGCAGGUUCAAGUCACACUGUUCAUGUGAAAAAGAGUGAGGAAGAGAUACUACCACCAGAGGAAGAGGUGAAAAGACAUGAAGAUAAGGAAAACAAUGAAAGUGACAAGACAGAUGAGAAAAAGCGUGAAGAUUUAGACAACGAAAGAAGCCAGGAGGAAUUCCCAGAUUUUGAGCAGAAAAGACACCUGGAACUCACAAGCAAGGAGAAAAGAGAAGAUCCAGAGGAUGAAAGGAGUCAAGAGGAAUUCCCAAGCUACAUUAAAAAAAGGUAUAAUUUUCACUCUAACAAGAAGCGUGAGGACCCAGCUGAAGAAAGAAGCCAAGAAGAGUUUCCAUCAUUUGAAUACAAGCGACGAUAUCUUCUGACCAGCAAGGAGAAACGUGAAGAUCCAGAGGAUGAGCGAAGUCAGGAAGAAUUUCCAUCAUUUGAAUACAAGCGACGAUAUCUUCUGACCAGCAAGGAGAAACGUGAAGAUCCAGAGGAUGAGCGAAGUCAGGAAGAAUUUCCAUCAUUUGAAUACAAGCGACGAUAUCUUCUUACCAGCAAGGAAAAGCGUGAAGAUCCAGAAGAUGAACGAAGUCAGGAAGAAUUUCCAUCAUUUGAAUACAAGAGACGAUAUCUUCCUAUCAGCAAGGAAAAGCGUGAAGAUCCAGAAGACGAACGAAGUCAGGAAGAAUUCCCAAGCUUUGACGAGAAGAGGCAUCAUGAGGAUGGAGAUGAAUACAGUGAGGAGAGAGAGAAACGAAACUGGAGGCCAACACACAGAUACCAUCACAAAAAACUGGCUCACAAACGGGACGAGGACAGAGCAAACGAGGAAUCAGAAGAAGUGGACUCUUUAGAGAAGAGAUAUGAAGAAUCUGAGGAGGAGCAAGGAGGUGAAAGAGCCAAGCGAAUCUGGAAACCCACUCAUGGGUAUCACCACAAGACACACCACAAACGCAGUGAGUACUCCUCUGCGGAAGAUUCCGAGGAGCAGUCACCGGAGAAGAGAUCAGAGGAUUCAGAGGAAACAACGGUAAGUCAGAAAAGGACCUGGAAGCCCAAACACCAGUACCAGCAUAAGAGAUACCACAAAUGGGAUGAAGAUUCCUCACGGGAAGAGGACAGACAUAACCAGUCUGACGAAGAAGACAAGCACGAGAAACGACAUUCCAAGACUGAAGAGGAGGAGGUGAAGAAAAGAAACCAUAAUCCACCAGAGGAGCUGGAGGGGCAGCAGGAACGAGAGGAGGCACUGAGGUACCUGGCCAAAAGGAGAAAUGAACUUGAGGGCCGUUUGUUGAAAGAGGGUGAGGUUUAUGAUAAGCGUUCACCAUGGAUUUACAGAGGGUACUACCAUCCAGCCUGGUAUCGGAGGAGCCCAGAAGGCCAUGAGAGGGAUGGGGAGCACUCCUCCCAUAAGCUGGAGGAGCUUGCCAAACUCCUCAACAACAAGAGGGCCCAGCUGCCCCACUUGGCUGGACCUGAAGAGAAAAAAGGCUCUCUUCACCAGAGACCUCUUACUCCAAAUGAGGAGAAAGAACUGGAGAACCUUGCAGCAAUGGAUCUAGAACUGCAGCACAUCGCUGAGAAGAUUCACAAGAACCAAGAGUAG